AUGCAUCAUAAUCGUCUCGUUGCAUGCAUUAGCUCGUCCUUGCAUCCCAUGCCCUCCCAUCUCCUUCAAUUUCCUCCCACCUCCUCCCACCCACUCCCACCCCCUUCCACCCCCUCCCACCUCCUCCCACCAGGCGGUGCUCUCGUGGUGCUUCAAACUGUGCCUGAUAUCAAGCGCCUUGGCCUCUUGCAGGGCUUCGCCAGCGGGCUCAUGCUGAGCCUCACCUUCUUUGACCUCGUGCCAGAAGCCAUUGAGGCUAUCGGCUUCCCCGCUGCCAACCUAUGGUUCUUUGCAGGAGCGCUUCUCUUCGCAACGGUUGUGCACUUUGUUCCCGAGCCUUCCCUCGCACCCGAGCCAUCUGUAACUCCCGAACCAUCGUCCGAACCUCUAUUGAAAUACGCAUCCGACCCCGUAUCCGAACCUACGUCUGAGCCUGUAUCCGAACCUACCCUGCACAACUUUCCUGAAGGCAUCGCUGUGUUUUUGGGUUCCAUGAAGGGCCUAAGAGUGGGCAUCAGCCUAGCAGUGGCCAUAGCAUUACACAACAUCCCAGAGGGCCUUGCAGUCGCCCUCCCCAUCUACUUCGGCACGAGAAGCCGCUGGGCCGCCUUCCGAGCGGCGGCUCUCUCGGGGGCUGCGGAGCCCCUGGGGGUCAUCUUCGUUGCUCUCUUCUUCCCCGCCUCGCUCGCCCCUGACCUUAUUGAAGGGCUUCUUGCCGGCGUGGGCGGCAUCAUGGCGUUCCUCGUGCUGCAUGAGAUGCUGCCUCUCGCCUUUGAGUACGCGGGCCAUCGCAGGGCAGUGCUGGCCAUGUUCCUGGGCAUGGCUGUCAUGUCUGCCAACCUGCACCUUCUCGCCCUCUCCCUUCCGCCAGACAUCUCCCUCUGA